GUCAACGGUGACAUGUAGUGAAAAUUAAAAGGCUCGUUACAUACGCAAAAAGUGAUUCUCGAAAUCGGAGUCGUCGACGACUCCGGAGCAUCAUCGGUAUAAGGCCGAGAGUUCCUGCAGUGCGGAAGGGCGGAAGGGCCGAAGGGGGGUGAGGAGGGACCCGAUGAUCGAGGCGUUGGACGAGCGGUGCACGCAGGCCAGUGAAGUUUUGGCCGCGCCGAGUGCGUUAUCGUCAGCAGCAUGCAGUGACAGCGAGGAAGCCGGCGGGGCGCGAACGCGGACACGGAUCGACUCUACCCGAGUGUACCUCCAAGUGAACUUGUUUUUGUUCAUCGUAACAAGCCAUACACAUGUUACCAAAGUGAAUUAUUCCGUUCGAGGAUAAUAGUUAUAAUAGUAGUAGUAAUAUUCAAAAGGACCGUGUGUGUGAGCGCCCGCGCGUGUCAGUGUGUGCGUGUGACAGUAAAUAUAUAUAUAUAUAUAUAUAUAUAUAUUAAAUAAUUUUGCGUAAUGAAGAGUUAUGGUUACUCGUGAAGAAACGGGGCUCCUCGGGUGAGGUGUUGGAGUAACUCGUGUACUAUUAAAGUUUUUAUCACGAGGAGAGGACGUCGCACGGGAGGAGGCAUCGUCACUCAGUGGCCGCUCGCGCUCGAGGAUAAUAAUAUGAGCACGAUUGUCAGGCUAAGGAUGUCCUCGAAGAGGAAGUCGCCACCAACGAAGCUAUCGGAGGGCGGGGUCGGCCAACAGAGGACGACGGUGGCGGGCGCCGAGGAGGAGGAGGACACGACGGGCUCGUCUCUGUCCGCUGGCCCGACGAGGGAGCUCAUAACGGCCAACAAUUGCAACAACAAUAACCUCGACGUCGACGUCGACGACAACAACGUGGAUAACGAAGACGACGAUGACGACGAGGAGGAAGACGAGCACGACAACGACGUCGCUGACGACCUGACGAUCAACAGCAACAACAACUCCGUUGCGGCGCACCUGCACGGCAGUAGUAACAACAACAACAACAACAACAACAACAACAACAACAACAACAACAACAACAACAACAACAGUAGCAGCGAGUUGCUCGACGAGGAGGCGGUGGCGGUGGUGGCUUCGUACCAGCAACAGCAGCUCCAGUUGCAGCAGCAGUUUGCUCGACUGCCGGGUCACGUGGCCGGGGCGGGUGAGUCCUCGGGCUGCUCGUCCCCGGCGACGACGAGCGAGCCCGAGAUUUGCUCGUCCUCGCCACCCCCUGGCUCACCCCAGCCGAGGAAGCGCCAGCGGCUACAGCUGCUGCUCGGCGUCGUAGCUGCUGCGACCAAUCCGGCAUUGGGGGUCGAGCAUCACCACAGCAACAACAGCCUACAGGCCACAGUGGCUAGUUACCACCACCAUCACCAACAGCACCACCACCACCAACAGCAGCAGCAGCAGCAAUCACAUCACCAGCACCAUUACCACCGGACGAAGCAGCAACAGGAGCCCGGGCCCGGUGCAAGCUCCUCGGAGUGCGGCUCGCCCCCGGCCCUCGCGGCCGACCACAACCCCUACUACGCGGCCCACCAUCACCAGCAGCAGCAGCAACACCCCCACCAUCAACACCAACAUCACCACCAUCAUCACAACAACAACAACAACAACACAGUCACGCAUAACAACAACAACGGCACGGGGCCUGCCGCGGUGGCGGGCAGCAAGAGGACCAUGGACGACGUGCUCAAGAGGCUCACCUGCAAAAAGUACACCGGCUCCUUGGCGAUCGAGGACGCCAACAGCAGGCAGACCCCGCCACCCUCGUCCACGCCCACCAGCCACAACACCCACAGUAGCAGCAGCAGUUUAGCGAACAGCGUGGCGCCCUCGCCCACCGGCACUGGCCGAUUGCAGAACUCGGACACGGGCCAGCCAGCGCACCAGCAGCCAACACCCCAGCCUCCCGACGGCGUGGCCGCUGCCCUCGACAGUAUCCUCGGCGCCGACACGAUCGCCGAACGAAAUCGCAGGCUCUCGGACAUCAUCAUGUACCUCCAGAUGGUCAGGGAACAAUUGGCACAGCAGCAGGACCAGACCAAGGCUUCGUACGCCGGUCAACAGCUGAGCCACGACUCGCAGAGCAACAAGCAACAACAACAGCAGCAGCAGCAACAACAACAUCAGCAACAGCUAGAGAUGCAGCAGCGGUUACAGGCCGAGUGCCAACUGGAGCACUUGCUACCUCAGACGCAGGAGCUGCUCAGCCAACUGACGAGGGUCCAACUGGGCUCGCAGUCGCUCGUCUACCUGCCCUUCCUCGAGCAACUCAGGGGCCUCCAGUCCCUAUCCUCUCAGUCGGCGUCCAUGCCCGGACAGCCUGGCUCCGCCGCUGCCGGCAACAAACACAUCAACUCCAUUGUCAACAUGAUGAACCACCGAGAAAACUUGAGCUGGGCGACGUCGCACCUAGCCCAGAUGUCGAGUCAACUGGACGGCAGCGGCAACAAGGAGCGCUCACCGACGCCCUCGACGACGGGCGCACCAUCGAGCGCGUCGACGCCCGUAGUUAUGCCCGCGGCUCUGCCCCCGGAUCCCGACGCCCCGCUCAAUCUGAGCAAGCCCAAAUCGUCGAGCUCGUCGCCGAGCGGUGACUCCCCGGGCGCUUCCUCGGCCGUCAGUCAACAACAGCAGCACCAAGUCCAGCCCCUCGCUGCCACGGCCCCCAAACUCUUUCCCCCCGGCAUGCCGAUGCCGGGCAAUUUUCUGCCUAGCUUGCCCUACGCCGGACUGCCGCCCCACUUUGCCAACUCCCUGUCGUCGCCCAUGGGCAAAGUGUUGAAAGAAGAAAACAGCAGCUCCAACCGAGACACGAGCGUGGGUGGUGGUAGCAGCAGCGGCGGAAGCGCCGGCGGGGCACCGGUGACCGCAGCCCCGGGCAGUGCGACGGCCGCGGCGAUGGCGGCCAAGCACUUUGCCAUGCACGGUAUUUACGGGCUCCCGCCCCCGAGCACCGGCGCCAUGCCACCCUCGCCCCAACCCCAGCGACAGAUGAAACAGAGCAAGGACGAGCCCGCGCCCGACGAGCGCGACUUUCUCUCUUCGCCCGGCUCCACGCACAUGUGGCGCGAUCCGUCCUACAACAAGGUCUCGGAGGACGUAGCUGAAAAAGCUAAAAUGGUGAGGCAGCAGAAACGGGAAGGCGAAAACAAACCACAUAUCAAGCGACCCAUGAACGCCUUCAUGGUGUGGGCCAAGGACGAGCGCCGGAAGAUCCUGAAGGCCUGUCCCGACAUGCACAACUCCAACAUAUCGAAAAUACUCGGUGCUCGAUGGAAGGCGAUGUCAAACUCGGAGAAGCAGCCGUACUACGAGGAACAGUCCCGACUGUCGAAGCUUCACAUGGAGAAGCACCCGGACUACAGGUACCGGCCACGGCCCAAGCGCACCUGCAUCGUCGACGGCAAGAAGAUGCGGAUCUCCGAGUACAAGCUCCUGAUGCGCCAGCGCCGCCAGGAGUUGCGCCAGGUCUGGUGCCGGGACGGCAGUUCCGACGGCCUCGGCUUUCUCUCGCCCAUCCAGUCGGAGCUCGGCUCGCAGCAGCAACAGUCCCACCCGGGCGGCAGUGGCUUAGGGGCCGGGCCCUCGGGUCAGCAGGCCUCGGUCUCGCCACCCGGGCCGAUGCUCAACGGGGCGGGCCCCAGCGGCUCCGAGCACUCCUCCUCCUUUUACUAUACUCAGGACAGCCUCAGUCCUACGGACGUGAUGAACUUCUCGCCCGACAACUCGGGCUCCGUGGGUGGUUACGACGCCAGUCCCCGGCAUCACGUGGACGAAGAUUGAAGCGCGGCUCCGGGUGCGCCAGCUAGCCUCUGGCAACCCGGAGCAACCAGACUCGGAAGCCACGAUCUCUUCUGGUGAACGCAGCCGCCGCCGCUUACCCCUGCGAUCUCCAGUACGCGUCGUCGUUGACAACUCGUUCUCUCUCCCCGCUAUACCCUCUCGUAUCUCGAUUAUCAUCGUCGCGACAGUCCCGCCGGGGAGGGAAACGAGAUGCGCCGCGUCGUUUGGACUCGGGCUGAUGUAUGUCUCCGUUGGUUGUGAUGUUACAAAAGUCUGACCAUCUACGACAACGACGACGACGAUGAUGACGAGACCCUCGGGUGUCAAGUCUCUACGUGCCAUCGAGUGUGCCCUCGCACGCCUUUCCUGUGCCAGGGCUUGGUUGAGCAAAGGCGUGUUUCACUUUCCAGCGACUAUGAGAGUGGAAACAAAAAAUCAUCAGAGUUAUCAUUGUCUUGGAAGAGUCGCAAUGGCCGAGGCGCUGCAUCGAAACUAGAUCACUAGGGCUUAAUGAAUUAACGAAAAUCCGAUGCACGUCGGUGCGAAUGAUGUGCGAUCGUGCGAUACGCAUAAUGCGAAUGCCGAUGAGUACGUAGUUAGCAUCGAUUACGGUACACGUUGCCGUUAACACUUUUUUUUUUUUUUUUCUUCGUAGUUGAAUGUAUAGACGGUCAAAAGUGCAAGAAAGAUGAA